AUGACCGACGGUGCAGCAUCUGGCAAUAGCGGUCGAUCAAAUCAGUAUGGUGGCAACGUACCUCGAAGAUUGUCAUAUGCCUCAGUCGCUUCUGGCGCUCCCACAUAUCAACCUCAACUGACUCCUACUCGGUCUGGAACAUUUGCACACCUAGUCGGAGCAAAUCCUAGUACUUCUUCCCUCCCUAUUUACCAUACUAUCGAGCAAUACAACAGGAGACCUUCGGUCCAGGAUCACGAUCCCACUUUACGAACGAACUGGCGUGAACCAGUCCCGUUACCUGCCUAUUCUAGAAAGUUCAACAAUCUAAUGUUCUCGGGUACAGGAACAAUGGCGUCAAAUCCCUUCUUCAUUCCGUCUUAUCUUCGUCAGUCUCGCUAUGCUGCGAAAUUGGAAUUGGCCCACAAAGCCAAGGUCAGGAGAGAAAGAGAACAGCCAUCCUCGAGUUCUUCAGCUCUGAAUCCACUAUCCACAAGUGCCGGGAGCACUAAUGUUCAUCGUAUGGCCCCCUCUCAUCGAGGCAUGACCUACGACAUCAUUGAAAGCAAUCCACCGAAGGAGGAUGAAGAGCUUAUGCCCUUACCAACCGGGUGGAGUGAACAGGACAAGUAUCCUGGGUUGGAUGUCAUGAAUGAUGGACAAGACUUGAAGUAUAGCGGCUCUGCCAGUAAAGCUGAUAUAGAGGCGGCUUCUGUGCGGGCCGAUUAUCCAAUGUCUCCGGCAUGUGGUAUCUACUAUUUUGAAGUGGAAAUCAAGCAGAAGAGUAGGGACACGGCUAUCGCCAUCGGCUUCUCUACCGCAGAAGCAUCUCUCGAAAGACUUGCAGGAUGGGAAACACAUUCUUGGGGCUAUCAUGGUGACGAUGGCAAGAUGUUCUUUGGAGAACAGUCAGGCAAAUCAUAUGGCCCGACUUUUGGAACCGGUGAUAUCAUUGGCUGUGGUGUCAACUUCAACGCUGGUAACGCUUUUUUCACCAAGAAUGGUCAGGACUUGGGUAUAUGUUUUCGAGAACUUAAAAAGGACUUGAGACCUUUUCCAACCAUCGGCAUGAAAAAGCACUCAGGGGCACUUCUUACCGCAAACUUUGGUCAGCGUCCCUUCGUUUUUGACAUUAACGAUAAAAUGCACAAAGAAACGACUCGCGUAUCGCGCGAGAUAACCCGCGCAAGAACAACCACUCUACGACCACCCCGAGAGGAAAGCAGCCUGAUCCAGGAGCUGGUCGCCCAAUUCCUGGCGCAUGAUGGAUAUGUUGAGACUGCCAAAGCAUUCGCAGACGAAAUUCGUGCGGAGAAGCAAUCAUUGAACAGUGCCCUACCUACAGUUACACCCACUCGCCCAGAUCGGGACGAUGCGGAUGCAGUUCAUCGCCAACAAAUGCGUCGAGCCAUUCUUUCAGGAAAUAUCGACCAGGCCCUGGAGGUCACCAACUCACACUUCCCAACCGUGCUUGCAGAGAAUCCAGAUAUUCUCUUCCGUUUAAAGUGUCGGAAAUGGGUCGAAUUGAUCAGCAAAACAACAGAACUGAGCAAAAAUAGAGACGGUCAACCGGGAGGGAGGACAAAUACUCAUGGGAAGAAUCCUGCUGAUGACGACGAUUUUGCUCGAGACAUGGAACUUGAUGACCAUAACGCAUCUGACAAAACUUCUGCAACAGAUAGUGUCGUCCAAUACGACCAGUUAAUCAACGAAGCGAUGCUUUAUGGUCAAGAACUACAAAGGGAAUAUCGCGAUGAAGAUGGAGAAUACGCCAAGACCUUGCAGGAUAUCUUCAGUCUUGUUGCGUAUGAUCACCCUAAGGAUAGUGUUCAUGGUCACUUGUUAGACUCAUCUGGCAGGGUGACGGUUGCGGAGGAAUUGAAUUCCGCAAUUUUAGUCUCCCUCGGUCGAUCACCUUCUGCUGCUUUGGAGAACACCUGGAAGCAGACUGAAGCACUGAUCGACGUGCUGAGCCAGGACGGUGGACCAGCCGCCUUCGUCAACCUCCAAUCAACCUUUGCGUCAUAG